AUGGCCGCCGCCCUCCGCUCCUCUUCGGCCGCUGCCGUGCGGCGCACCCUCCACAUAUCCCAGGCCGCCUUGUCAACGCUGCCGUCGGCGUCACGCCCUGCCGCGGUGGCCCCGUUCUCGCGCUCGAUCCCCAUCAUCUCAGGUGCCAACAGUGCUUUCUCAUGGAACUUUAGACGCUUGCUCAGUUCAAAUGAAAAACAUCUGCCUGCACUGUCUGACCCAGAUAUUGAAUCUGCUCUUAAGGAUUUGAUGGCUGCUAGCUGGAAUCAACUUCCACAUUCUCUUGUAGAGGAAGCAAAGAAAGCAGUAUCCAAAGCUACUGAUGAUGUGGCGGGUCAAGAGGCUUUGAGAAAUGUAUUCUGUGCAGCUGAGGCUUGCGAAGAAUUUAGUGGAGUUUUAGUUACCCUAAGAAUGGCUCUUGAUGAUCUUUGUGGGCUAACAGGCGAGAACGUGGGACCCUUGCCUGGUUAUGUAGAAGAUGCUGUGAAAUCCACAUAUGGUCGAUACAUGAAAUAUCUAGAAUCCUUUGGCCCCGAUGAACAUUAUCUACGAAAGAAAGUGGAGACUGAAUUGGGGACAAAAAUGAUUCACCUUAAAAUGAGGUGCAGUGGCAUAGGGUCUGAGUGGGGAAAGGUCACUCUGAUUGGUACCUCCGGGAUCUCUGGAUCCUAUGUUGAGCUAAGGGCAUGAUGGAAGCCUGCUGAUAAGAACGGGGA